AUGGGUACGCUGGACGCGCCGCGCGUCCCCUCGGCUUCAGCGUCCACGCACCAACCACAACAACAGUCGUGGCUGUCUCGCCACCUCAGCCGGCGGUCCAGCUACAACGACGCCGAUGUCGAGCGGCUCGUCGCGGCCGGGUACACCACAAAGGCCGCGCGGGCGGCACUGUCGCAGGCAGUCUCGCGAGCCGGGCAGCCCGUAGACAUCAAGCUUGCUCUCGAAAUAGCGCAGCACGAUAGCCACGAAGACGUCGGCCACACUGGAUGUCCCGAGUGCGCACGCAACCGUGCGCGUGUAGCGGAGCAACACCGCCAAAGGGAGAAGAAGGGGCUCGCUGCCAGCCGCAAAAUCAUCGAGUCGCCGAAAGAGCAGGCGAUGCGGGACGAGGCCUUGGCCGAACGUCGCGGUCCGCCCAGCAACCCCCAGCAGGAGUGGGAGCGUGCGUGGGACAAGCGGGCGAGCGAGCUUGCUACCGCCAGGAGGCCCCCCGUGGCCAUGUAUGGGGCCUGA